CACGCGCUGUUUUUAUAUUACGUAUAAGUUCAACAAAUUAUAUGUAAAAUCAAUAAUCUACAUCUUAGACCAACAAAAUAAGUGGUAAACUUCGAGCGAGGGAAGUCCAGGAUGUAGGAGUUGGAUGCCCUAUUGGUGUUUAUAAUUUUAUGUAAAAGUAACCUAUGUAUAAAUACGUGAAGUUUCCUACGAUUCUGAAAUUCCGUCAUACGCCAAUGUUCAGAUUCGCCGUAUACCCUUACUGCCCACUCCGCACAGUGGGUAUAAAAGCGCGGUAGCAGUGAGCUCAUCGAUUUAGUUUAGUUUGGAUGCUCCGCAAGUCUCGACGAUGCUUCGCUCAAACUAUCUUUUGCUGAUCAGCGGUUGCUGCCUGGUUUUCGCUGUCUCAGCGCAGAUUCCCAUCACGCCCCGGAGUUGCCCGGCGAACGAGACUUUCCUGGCCUGUGGUCCCGAUUGCCAAACGGAGUGCGCCACGCUGGGAAAGCCCUGUCUGGUCAGGCACAUCCGAUGCCCAGAUGGAUGCUACUGCAACAAGGGCUUCGCGAGGAACGCCGCGGGCACGUGCAUCCCCCUUCGGCGGUGCAGCACAGGCGGCUACGGAAACUGAAUUAACUGAGCAUGGAAUACGGUCUUAUUAGAAGCAGCUCAAACACUGAAAACGGCAAGACAAUAAAGUUCACUGGCAUUGUGUAAUAAUAAUGCAAUGAUAA